AUGUACUACUUGUUCCACAGGCAGGAACCGGGCGUCCACGAAUACUUGGUGAAUCUGCUGUACGUGAAGCGAACAGACGAAGACAUCAUCUUCUACCUCCUGCAACUCGUCCAGCUCUCGCUGGUCCGCUUCAAAACCUCGUCGCUUCACCGCUUUCUCCUCGACAAAGCGAGCAAAAGCAUACACCUCGCUCUCAUGGCGUCUUGGCUCUACCAGUCAAUGGUGGAGGACAAAGUAGCAGGUUUGGAAGAGCCGGCGCAGAAGAUGACGCAGGAGGUGGAAAUGGUCGUUGUGAAUUGCAAACCGCUUGGCGCAGGAACACAGCAAAGCGGAUGGGGUCGGAAGGAAGAGACGGAAGAACAGGGACACGGCGAUCGAGGAGAGGAGAGAAGACCCAACUCCGAAAAUGCGUUCGCCGUUGAUCUCUUCAAAAGACGACGCAUCGUGCAACUGAUCCGCCAACAUCAGCAUGCGCUCCACGAGUCCCAGAGCGCAGAGGCUUGUUCCUCCGCGCCUUGCCUCUCCGGCGUCGACUCCUCAGGCACGGGGUCUGCCCGCGGGUCUCUGCGGCGGCCCACGCUGUCUUCGGGCGCUCUGCGUCCGCGCAUUCCCGAGAGCCUGCGCCUCUUGACGGGCCCGACGACAGUGGCAGGGGCGAAGGUGAAGUUGCCGUCGGUCUACGGGAAGCUGGGGAAUCCCCUCGCUCUCUACACGCUGCAGCUGCUGCCUUUUUCGAGCAAGGACGCGGUGCCGCGACGCGAGGUGCGAGAGAGGGUGCGCAGCGGGGGGAGGUGCGGAGGCGCAGAGGAACAGGCAUGUGGCGCAGGGAACAGGAAUCGACACGCGCGGGCAGGUCGGGAGGCGACGGGACGCUACGGCCGCAGCCUGGAAGAAAAAAAAACAGAGGGGGACCGGGAAGACGAAAGCGGCGAUGAGAGUGCGGACUGGGAAAGCGACGGUUGGGAAAUGGAAGAAGAUCUCCAGCAGUUUAUCAUGAAACAGCGACGGUGUGACUACUUCAACACGUUGCACCACUUCUCUUCUCUUCUCAUCGAUGUCCCCAACGUCCUGGCUCUCGAACCGGCUCGGUCGCUGCGGCCGGUCCUCUUGAACCUUUUCCCCGAGAGUUUGAACAGCUGGAUUUUGUGUCGACGCCUGUACGUGACGGCGAUGGUCGGGACUUGGACCAUGACCGGAGUGACCAUUCCGUUCCACGAGGGAGAACUGUGGGCGGACAAGUGCGAGCGCCUUCGACGCCGGUCGCCGUAUGGACACCUGCGUUCGUGGGACAUCCGGCGUGUCUUGAUGAAGAGUGGAGACGACUGGCGCCAAGAGCUGCUGGCGUCUCAGCUGGUGCGACAGUUCAAGGCGAUCUCCGAUGAGGCGCGUCUCCCCCUGUGGCUCAGGCCCUACGAAAUCCUCGUUACUGGGUCCAACUCAGGCGUGAUGAAGUUCGUCCCUGACACGUGCAGGGUGGACGUUUUGAAGAAGCGGCACAACACGGAUUCGAGUGCUCGGGUCUUCGACUUCCUCUUGGCUGACAAUCCUUUUGAAGCGAAACAGAACUUCAUUGAGAGUCAUGCGGCGUAUUCCCUUGUCUCCUACUUCCUUCAAGACAAAGAUCGAUACAACGGCAACUAG